AGUGGGACAGAAGAGUGAAAAGCCUCAAAGCCUUCCCUUCUAAAGCAGGGCCCCAUGGAAGACCUCAAAGGGUUUGCCAUGGAGACGUUGGAAGAGGUGGCCCAGUUUAUGCCGAGCACCCACCAGCCUGGCUUGGGGAGCUCGCGGUUUUCCAUUGCCCACUGCUUUCCUCAGAAUACGAUGAUGGGGUGCUACCCAGGACCGUUCCCCAGCCCUGUGGACCUCCCUGCCUACCCUCAGGAGAACUUCAGGAACGGGGUGACCCAUGGAGAGUGGUACGCCGGGACAUCGGAAGGACCCUACCCAUCGAUCUCCAGGUACAUGGGGCCACUGGGGUUUACUGUGCCCGGAGCCGACUGCCUGGGCUACCUCGGCGAUAUGGCUAAAUCCUCCCCUUUCCUCAUGGCGAACCCCUCCAAACGGAAGCGGCGAGUCCUGUUCUCCCGGGCCCAGGUGCACGAGCUAGAGAAGAGGUUCGAGUUGCAGAAAUACUUGACCGCCCUCGAGCGCGAACACCUGGCCAACAUCACCCACCUCACCCCCAACCAGGUGAAGAUCUGGUUCCAGAACCAUCGCUACAAGAUGAAGAAGCAAGCCAAGCAUCAAAACUCAAAGGCCAGCGCGGGGCAGGAAGCUCACCAGCCCUGUGACAGUAGCGUGGUGGCUCAGCAAGGCGACUACGGCUUUGCCAGCUCCCAGAUGGAGGAGAAGUCCUUGGCGGGGGCUCCUUAUCAUCUGCCCGGACUCAUGCAAAGCAGCUUCAUCAGCCAGAGUUUAUCUUUGAGCCCUGCUUCCAGUGCCGACUCACAGCCCAGCAUAAAAGCAUCGGAAAACGGGCUUGUGUUUGGCAAGCCGUGGUAGCCUAUAUAAGGGACGACAUCAACGUAAGAACGUAACAAGAGCCCUGCUGGGUCAAACUAGCAGUCCAUCUAGUCCAGCACUCUGCCUCACUGCCAGUUACUCUGGAGGGCCAACAACAGGCCCAGAGGCUGGGAUCUUCCUCUGAUGUGGCCCUCCUGGCACUGGAUUUCAGCAUUUACUGCCUCUGAAUCCCUUCAGUCACUCACCAGGGUUGGUAGCCACCGAUAGACCUGUCCUCAAUGCAUCUGUCUAAUCCCUUUUAAACAGGGCUUUUUUUCUGGGAAAAGAGGUGGUGGAACUCAGUGGUGGAACUCAAGACCGCACAAUGACGUUACUUCAGGUCAGCUGGAACAAGGGGGGAGUUUUUUAAAGUUUAAAUUGCCCUCGGCGAAAA